AUGGGAGAGCCCAUCGCGACCUUUGGUUGUUACCCUCCACCCUUUCAUCAAAUCAACAAACUCAACAUCUUCAGCGAGCCGAUUUUCCUUUUUUUGGACCGAUACGAUAAGGCCAACGACAUCUUAAAUAUCUUGAAACUCUGGCGUGAUUGGCUAUCGUAUUACAAGGAUCGACUAUCGAGGAUGGCCAAACUGAUCAAAACAAACUCACUCAGUAUCUAUCAGCACUCUACACCAAACACUACAAGAUGCAUUAACCGAAAACUUAGAGAAGAGUGUCGACCAAGGGCUUGUCUCAUCGGGUGCAUUGCAUUCAUCUGCAGAUUCAUUCUAUGCUGGACCUCGAGAUCCUCGCUCAAAUAG